AUGGGAAAUAACAACGUCACUGGACAACAAGUAUCAGAAGAGACCACUAAUGGAGCUGACAAAACCGUUGAGCCUUCAAAUAGUUCACCUGGGCCCAACAGCACAAACAGUGACACAAACAAUGAGAAGGAUGGCACUGAGGAUGUCAACUGGUCAAAAUCCUCAAAGGAACCCAUCAUUACCAAUGCUGAAGAUAAGCAGGUGGCCUCAUACCAAAAUAUUUCAUCAGAUAAGAUUGAAGGCUUAGAUGAGAAAAAAAGGAGCUCAAUUCAGUAUAGCACAUCAACACGAGAUGGUCAGAGUAGUAACUUACAAAAAGAUGAUGAACCAUUGAGGAAAGAAGCAACUGAAACAGCCAUAUUUUCUUCCGAAAUAAUUGCUCUUGUCAGUACCACUGAAGAUGUGACAAGCUACAAGGAUAGUUCAAUCUCUAAUGAAAAAAUUGUACCAAGGGAAGAAACUAUCCAAGCCAACCACAAAUCAUUAUUACAAGAAAAAUUAGAAGGUUCACUAGAAGAACAGGAAGAAACUAGCAGUCAUGACAAUUCCCCCAUGGGUGGUAGUCUAGCUGGUGAAGAUACAACUGAGAACUUAGAACGAGGAUACAUUGAGGAAGUUGUUAUAGAAGAUAAGUCUGGACAAAGAAAGAGUGGACCAGAUGUGCAACCAUUAGAUGGCACAAGCAUAGAGACAUCCAAGAAUGACACCAUGCAAAUACAAAUACCACAUGACAAGGAAGAAAACAGAGCAAUAAGCAAAACUGCAACAGUAAAGCUUAUGAUUGAAAGUGAUGAGCCACUUGAGGAUGAUAAUAAUAUCCAUGGAAUGGGAAAUCAGGAUGAAGAUAAUACAAUAAGUGCAUUGUGUGGUAAUCUCUGUAAUGAUGAAGUUGUUGCAAAGUGUCAACCAUAUUUAAAAAAUCCAACUGCAAUAAAUGAUCCAGAACUGGGAAAUGAACAAAAUGAAAGUGUAGUUGGUUCAAGACAGAGUUCAGGUUCUGUUACUACAACAAUGGAGCAUAAUGGCACAGAAUCAAUAUACAAGGAAGAAGGAAUUGUUGAGAAAAAUAUCACGGUUUGGAAUCUAGAAGAUAAUUUUGCAGCAGAGAAGGAACCUGAAGAAUAUUAUGGUAACUUAGUCAGCAUUACUGAAGUCAAUGGAAAGGAUUUUACAGGCUUACAAUCAUCUUUGUCAGAUCAUCACCAUAUUGUGAAUGAAGAGAUACAAAGAAAAGUCAAUGGAAUAACCGGAAUAGUAGAGUUUGAUAAAGAGACAGUAAAGGAAAUUUUAGAAGAAGAUAAGGUAAAUAAUGUAGAAGGUCUAGGUCUCCAUUUUGAUGCACACGUAGUGGCAAAGGAGGGAGGAGACUUAUCCAAUUUACCAAAGGCCAUACCAUCAACUCCUCUUCAAUCACUAGAAGAUAUUGACAGGGAGGUAUAUAGAACCAGAGAUAAACAAGAAACUAUUACAAACUCACAAGGUGACCAGUCUCAGCAGAUACUGCUUGAAAAAUACGAGGUUUUGAAACUUGAGAAUGGUGAGAUUCUUAGAAAGUGUAUGCAGUUGGUGGGAGAUAGCUCGAAUGUACUCAUAAUCUCUACUGAUGGUAUCAACCAUGAGAAAGUAGAUACGAACACUAGAUCUUCAGAUUUUACCUUUGAAGCCAACCACUACCAGAAGGAAGUCACAGAAAGCACUGCAGCUGCAGCCUUUACUGCUCAAUGCAAUCAAGUGAAAGUCACAGCAAGUGUUGAUACGGCUACCGAGGAACAACAUCCUCUUCAGACAUCAACUCCAGGGAGAGAAGCCAGUGAAGUGACUCCAUUACUUCAGGGAGCACAAAAUAUAGGUUUUUCCAAUUCUAUUGAGCAGCAUAGCCAAGUACACGUGGAAAUCCCCACAACCAACAUCGCUGUAAUGCAAUUUAAAGCUGAAGCUGAGGAAGAAUCUGAGAGGAGCCCACUGUUAAGCCCCAGGGAACCAUCAGAAGACUUCAGAAUACCAAAUCAUUCUGCAAGAUUUAAGAAACCAUUUCAGAGCUUGCUGACGAAAGGCGAAGCUGGUAUGUGGUCUCCAUUGAAGGAACCAGAAUCAAACUCGAAGAGUAAUACCAUGGUUAGUUCACCAAGAAGCAAAGAAAAGCAGAAGGCAAGAUCCUCUCUUUUUACCAGUUGCAUGUGUUGUACCACUGCUACAAACUGA